AUGAUGUCACGCGCUGAACAAUCCGCUGGUCCUUAUCACAGUGCGAUAAUAAUUAUUAAUUUGAUGUCGACGUUCCGCACUCCACAAUUAUUAUUGUACAAAGUAUUAUGUGUAAUAAAAACCAAGAAGAGUAAAAGAACUAUAGACGUCAUAAAUCAAAGAUCGGAACGAUAGAAAAUCGUAUCAUCAUCGCGUAUACCUAUUCUGAGUACGAGACGAUGUCCUGUUCCUGUACCAGUCGUCUUUGACACUACCGCCAACAGUAACACAUAAUAAUAACAGUUUUCCCGACCUUGCGCUUCCUCAUAAAAAAUACUUUCGGUCGCACCUCUGUCGUCGAGCAUAUGGUUUCGCGGGCUGAUUGUUCCUUUCCAUCCGACAAAUCUUUCUUCUCGCAGAGGAUCGUCGCUGUUUCCGCGAUGAACAGGAGAAAACUGAAAUUGGACAUGACGCACUCAGCUUCGGAUGGUGAAUCUAAAGAAGUUGAAAAUUACGUUAAUAAUGUCAAAGAACAAAUUAUGAAUACAACUGAACUUAAUAAUUCUGACUAUGUAUGGCAGGAGUGUUAUGAUGAUGUAUCAGGAUUUAUUUACUAUUGGAAUACCCAAACAAAUAAAGUCACAUGGGAAAAACCUGAACAUUAUGAAACAGCACAUAGUAUUGAAAACCAAGAUGUUGCAAACAAGACAAAAAACUCCAGAAAACGGAUUUCAAGUGAUUCUUUACCCACUCUCGAUCCAAAUUCAUGUAAUGGUUCUAAGAAAUCAAAACUAGAAUCAAAAGUUUUAAAUGCAUUAGUAGCUUAUGGAAGUGAUUCUAGCGAGGAUGAGAAUGAUGAUGAUAAGGAUCAAAAAACUACUAUACUUCAAAGGUUGCAACAAAAGGCUGAAAUGUUUAAACAAAAAGAAUUGGCUAAAUUAUCAGAAGCUAAAUCACCUGGUUUGUGUGAAACAAAUGGUCAGCCUGAUAUAUUAGACAUUAUUGACAAAGAAGUACCUCCAGAUUAUUUAGUAGAAAAAUCUAAUACAUCAAAAUCUUCUGAAAAGAAAACUACUGGUGACAUUUUUGAUAUUUUAAAAAGUGAAGUACCCCCCGAUUAUGUUGAUGUCACAUUAAACAAUAAUACGGGAGAAGAAAAUAAAUUAGUUGUUUCGUUGGAUACUAAUGCAAUGGAUAAACUGCAUUCAAAAACUGUUGAAAAUGAUUCAAAUUCUAAAUACCAUUCAAACACUGACGAAAAAUUAAACAAUUUUACUUCAGAUUCUUUGAAAGAAAAUUCAUUAAAAUCUAUCAAUCUUAUUGCUAAUUAUGGUGAAGAAGAUCUUGAAGAUUUAGAUGAUCAAAAAAGUGAAUCAAAUGAGAAAACACUUUCAUAUGUCCAAGACCCAUGUGCUAAUAUUAAAAUUGGAUUUGGUUAUUCUGUCUCAUCCAAACACAAAAAUGGAGGUUCUAUCAGUUUUGUAAAAGGCGAAACAAUAAAUGUACACGAUAAUCAUAAUUCCAAUAAAAAUAAUGUUUUUUCAAAACAUGAAAAAGAAACUAUUAAAAACUGUGAUAUGAAAAAAUCUAAAAUCCAUAUUGAAGAUUUAUCACUGCUGAUCUCAUCAAAAUUACAUUUUCUAUCAGAUUGUGAAAAUAACGAAAAAUUGUCAUCUGUUCAAGUUAUGACUAUUAAAAUUGAUACUUUAAUGGAAGCGUGGAAAGAUAAUUGUUUGAAUGACGAAUAUUUCUCAAAGUGGUUGGAUGAAAUGGCUAUCGAGUUAUGUACUUUAGAAGAGUCAGUUGCACCAGACGGAUGGACAUGUCAGUGGGACAAAAUUAACACGCGGUAUUACUAUCAGAAUGAUGUUGAUGGCCGUACACAAUGGCAAUACCCAACCGAGGAAUCUGAACGUACUCCUUCGCCACCCAUGAUAUCUAAUGCAAGCACUCCUCCUCCUCCAACUAUUUCCGAUCAUAAUUCUUGCCACCCUGAACCAGUGGACAUGGAUAUCGAUGAAGAUAACCAUAAAGAAGACACAGAAAUUAUUGUUCCACCAGUCCCUGGAGAUGAACUGUCAUAUGAACUGAAUUCAUUUUAUGCUGAUCUCGCUCAGUUUGAAUCAAAACCAGCUGGUCAAAUUGAAACAAUGAUUGCAGUUCCAUCUCCAGAAAUAGUUGAAACUGCGCAAAAAUUAAAAACCCCUAUUGAUACAUUAAAAAACAAUCAAGAAGAAGAAAAAGAAAUUAUCAAACCAAAAAAGAAGAAAAAGGUAGGAAAAUUGGAUGUGGGUCUAGGAUUGAAACAAAAAUAUGUAUCGUCACUAGUACAGAAGUGGCAACAAAUUCAAAAUGAAAUCAAAUGACGGCUGUUUCAUCACUCGCCCAUUUCUUUUUUUAGAUUGAUUUCUAAAUCCUUAGUCUUACCAAUUAAAAUAUUAACAAUAUGUUUGUAAAUUAUGUAAUUACUUUUAGAAAUAUAUUAUUAUAUACAUAUAUUUUAAAUUAGUUAAAUUUUAAAUAUGUAUUGAAUCAUUACAAUGUGUAAAAUCAGUUAUUGAAAGGAUGUCACUGCACUCAUUUUUUUACAUUAAAACCUAGUAUCAAAGAAUCACUUUAAUUGAAAAUUAGUUUGAUUGAGCAUAAACUUACUUUCAUUUUAAGACAAAAAUCUAAUCUAAAGCUUAACAUAUUGGUAUUUACUCAACAGAAAGAUCUAACCUGCGCUUAGAUUCAAAGAGACUUACCUUAUACUAUUGGAUAGAGAAAAAUGUGUUUCUCCAAAGUGUAACUGGAAAAACAGCUGUGACCAUUAUAUAAUUAACAAUUUGAAUUUUAAGUUUGCGGUAUAAACAACAAUUUUCAUUUUGUCAGCCCUGCUAAGGAAUAUUUCUACUUAAAAAAUUGAUAUGUCAAGCCCUAGAUAAUAUUGAUGUCUACAAUAUUUUUAUAGUAGGAGUUUUUGCUCUAAAAUCAUUCUUGAAUAAUAUUUGACCAUUCUGAAUAACUGUGUUUUUAUCAAUUUUUUGUAUAAUUUCAGAAUCAGGCAACAAUUGAACAAUCAAUACUAUGCAUAUAUAGGACCUCUUCUAAAUUACUUUAAAAUAGUAUUUACAUACAUUUCAAUUUUUAUGCAAAUUUGUUAGAUUGCUUACAUCAAACCACAUGAAUAAUGAUUGCACCUGACAUCCUUUCAAUGCAAAUUAGUAAGAAAUUAUUGAACAUUAAAUAGGCCACAUAAGAUUUACUUUAUAACAUGCGUUGUUUAGUGGUAAUAUAAUGUAUACAACUCAAAUUUGUAUGCAUACAAUCAAUCUCAAUGCUUUGAUUUUUGAAAUUAUGAAAUUCAAACGCAGACUUAUUCUAAAUUAUGAAGCAUUAAUUUAUCGAAGAAUUCAAUAAUUUUAGUUUUAUCCUUGUAUAUCGGUUGUUAUAUUUUUUUAAUUUAGCAUAAAAUAAUAUAAUAAUUAUCUGAACAGACAUGUUGCAAUAAUAUGAACCAUUAUAUCACUAAUUAAAUGAUACAUUGACAAUUUUUCAUGCAA